UUAAGCUUGUCACUAGCCCACAAACCCACCAAAUGGAACGUACAGGUUUGCAACAAACCAGCAGCAGCAGCCAUAACCAAUCCAACAACAUCAAUAAUUCUUCUUGUUCAGAGCCCCACCAUCAAUCUCAUCUUCAUCGGCACCACCAUCUUCAACAACAACACUCUUCUUCUUCUUCUGCUCAGCUUGUGGUCCCUUCUUUUGAUGGCACCACCACACCCAGAUCAUCUCCUUUUAUGGGCUCCAUCUCCAUCCAAGCUGGCCUUUCAGUUUCAGCUCCUUCUUCAUCUUCUUCCUCAUCUUUAUCAUCCUCCGUUGACGCCUCCCUGGCCAUCGCCACCAGAUCUACUCCCGUCAACGAUUCUUCCAAGAAUAAUCAAAAUUUAACCAUUGUUACGACCACGACAGCUGCAGCAACUUUUGCUGCCUCAACUGCUGCUACCUCGACCAUAUCAGCGACGAACCCACCUGUGAAACGCUCCACCAAAGAUCGUCACACGAAAGUGGACAGGCGAGGACGGCGGAUAAGAAUGCCGGCGACAUGUGCUGCGAGAGUUUUUCAACUGACUCGUGAACUGGGGCACAAAUCGGACGGCGAAACCAUUAAAUGGUUACUGCAGAAAGCUGAGCCUGCUAUAAUUGCAGCAACUGGAACGGGCACAAUUCCAGCGAAUUUCACGACUUUGAAUAAUUCUUUAAGGAGCAGUGGAUCUAAUCUUUCAGCUCCGCCUUCAAAGUCAGCUCCUCAUUCUUUCCAUGUGCCUUUAGCUUUGACUCAUCAUCCUUACUUUGAAGAAGGGACGGCUUUGUUACGGUUACAUCGUCCACAACAGCACUACCAUCUGAUGACAGCUGAUCAGAUAGCGGAAGCACUCCCACCUGGAGAAGGCGGCGGCGGCGGAGGAGAAGACACGAGUACUGAGAAUUACAUGAGGAAGCGGUUUAGGGAGGACUUGUUUAAAGAAGGUAAUCAAUCACAAAGUGAAAGUGGCGGCGGCGGAGAAUCGUCUUCAAUCAACAAAGCCUUUAAAAGUGGAAGCGGUUUACAAUUACCAAAAAAUCGAGGAGAAUCUUCAAACACUUUGUUUCGUUCAUCGAAUAUUUUACCCGCCACAGCCAUGUGGGCAGUCACUCCUGCUCCCACCACUGCAACCGGAGGCACAUUCUGGAUGCUACCGAUGACCACCGGAGGAGGCGGUGGUGGUGCAGGAAUCUCCGGAACUGGAUCAUCCGAACAACAAGAACAAACCCAGCAAGCUCAGAUGUGGCCAUUUCAAUCAGCAACAGUAGCAGCUCCAAUAUCUGCCACCACAACCCUUCAAGCGCCUCUGCAUUUCAUGCCAAGAUUCAAUUUUCAGGGAAGUCUCGAGUUCCAAAACGGAAGAGGAAGCCCAUUACAAUUGAAUUCAAUGCUAAUUCAGCAACAGCCGUCUCAACAUCUCGGCCUUGGAAUGUCAGACUCAAAUUUGGGAAUGGUGGCAGCUCUAAAUGCAUACUCAAGAGGGAAUUUAAACAUGAAUUCUGAACAAAACAAUCCAAUGGAGCAUCAUCAACAUCAGCACACUGAUGACAAUGGAGAUGAGGAUCCAAAUACUUCUAAAUGAAGAAAAUUACUUGUAAAUUACCUCAAACGGUUAUUGAAUGGAAGCAACCAAAAAUGACAUACGUUCAAAAUUGACGUUUAUUUUUUUUAUACAAUGGUUAUUGAAUGGAAUAGCUCUUGAUUAAAUGUAGAAAAGGUAAUUUGACUCGAAUAAA